CGCCAAGUCAAUUCUCGCGCGGCAUCAGAACAAAAGCGAGAAUUAAAAUUUAUUUGAUUAGCCGAAUAGAGUUGUUGAUAGCUGGAUGAUUAAACGAGUAGUUGAGUUUCAGUUAAAUAAAUGACAAAGUAAAAAAAAAAAUGAUGUCUUAGCAGUUCAGAAAAAAAAAUAGUAGCGUGUAACAUAAUGGAGUAUAUGUUGAAGCAAAUCGAACCAGGCAAUGAUAACCCCAUAAUAAUUCCGCUUCACCAAAAUGAAGUGAUUAUUGGAAGACGGAAGAAUGCCGACUUGAGAAACUAUCAACAAGUAUCGAGACAGCACGCGGCCAUCCACAGAAUUCAAGGAAUAUAUUAUAUUCGAGAUCUCAGUACUUAUAACAACCUCUAUGUCAACAGAACCAGUGUUGGUAAAGACAUGCGCCGAUUAGAAGUGGGAGAUCUUAUUGCCUUCGGGACGCCAUCUCCUCAGAAUGGAAGUGGUGGUUUUUUAUGCAUGUUCUGUAUGCGUAUGCGUGUAAAAAAAGAACCGGAAUCUGAUGACGAUGAUGUAAUGAUUAUAGAAAAUGUAAAAGAAGAGAUUAUGGAAACUGUUCCCCCAGUUCCUUCCAGCGAACCUGUCAUUGCUGAAGUUUAUUCGGUUGGCGAAAAUUCUAAUCAAAGCCUAGAAAUAAUUUCUGCCAGUUUGGAGCCUAGUCGUGUAAAUGAAAAUUCUAGUCAAAGCCUUGGCGAUUGUAAAACAAGUGGUAAACCAUUAGUGAAAGAAAAAGAAAGUUUCACUAUCGAGUCGUCCACCCCAGUCGAGCAUUUUGAAUCGGUUGAACAAAAGAGAAUACUUUCCUUUCAAAAUCGAAGCGAGGUGGCGACUGACACAUUAAAUGGGAUGGAAGUUUGCGAAAUGUCUGAAAGAAACAGCCGAAUCGUAGAUGAAUUAAGAGAAAGAAACGGAGAAAAGGUAAAAUUAAGAAACCAAAAGGAAAACAGCCAAGAUUGUGUCAUUCUGGAAGAGAGGAAAGGAGGUGACAAAGUUGCAGUUGAAGAGAAAGCAAAUGACAAGGUCAAAGUGAAAGAAAACAACCAAGAAAUUGGCCCAAUAAACAUAACUGGAUCCGUAGAGAACUCACUUUCUGCUUCGAGUAUUAGCGUUCAAUAUUCUAACAGCGUAACAGGCAGCAAUAUUCAAGUUUUCUCUGGGAAAACCGAUCCUCCUAAACUGUUUACAAUUGCAAAAGAUAUCAAAACUGAGCUGAGGGAUGAAGAGAAAAUUCCAACUUUAUUAAAUAGCCUGGAGAAUGGGUUUCUCUCUCCUAGAUCGAACUUUUUGAAAACAACGCUAGGAAUUCAGAAGGAAACAUUAACAAGUAAUUCACCUGUCCCUUGUAGUUCAAAACCUCAUCAGAUUAAUUUUGUGGAACAGAACUAUUUUAAACUAAGAGAUCAAAUAAGUGUGCCAAAUGGUAGUGAGGGGAAAAUAGAACGGGAAAAGAUAAACAAAAACAGCCGCAUAGAGGAUGACUUGCAUUCUAAAGAAACUUUUACAUUAGCUGGCUUGAAUUACAGCAGAAGUUUGGCAAGCAACAUUUCAUUGUCUAAUCUAGAGCGAUUGUCUACUUUUGCGGAAAGUUUUGCAAUUGGACAUUGUGGCAAUAAUCUCAUCAGCAAUGUAAAUCAAAGUCGAUUGAUGAACCCUAUUAGUAAUGUAAUAAAGAAAUCGAUUAAUGAGAGAAUUUCGAACAGCUCAAAAAGAGAGUUUAUAAAGGAACCCAGUUUCUGCAGCUUAGAUAACCAAAGCCAAUUGUCUAGAAUACAAAAUAAAUCGGGCUUAACUGCACAAAGUUUUUUAACUGAAUGUUUUGAAAAUAAUCUCUUCGGCAAUUCAAGUCAAAGUCGAUUGAUAAAGCCAUUUAAUGAUAUAAUAAUGAAAGUGGUCGAUAAUGUCGCUUCGAAUCUGUCUAAAAAAGAGUUUGUUAAAGAAAAUAAAAACGAGUUGUUUAGAAUGAAAAAUGAAUCAAGAAAUCUAGAAUGUAGCUUGACUGAGCAGGCAAACUUUUCUGCUGACUCUUGCUUGCCAAAUGUACCCGAAAACCGAUUCUCAUCCCGCCCAUCUUGUGACAUGAAAGAAAAGUGUUAUUCUGAUUAUUCUCGGACCGCUUACUCUUUAGAAAGGAAGCACAGUUUUUCAGAAGAACCUAAUUCUGGAAGUGCGUCUCAAUCACUAGAAAAUAAACAAUGUUAUCUUCCAGAAUACAUUUACAACGACUGCUCUUCAGAAAAACAUAAUUUUGACAUUCCUUGCCCUAGAAAUAGAUGUUUUUCAUCAGAAUCAAAAUCUGAGAACCGCUUUUCUGAUGCUGUCAGUGAUACCUCAUGCCCACCUAAUGAUCGCCACACCUCUUUUGAAUCAAACAAUCGACUCAACAGUUUAAGAAUGUCUCGUAUUCCUGUUUUUUCAACGCUACCUGAUAGUCUUUUAGAGACAAAGAACUCUACCAGCUGUUUAGAUAAGCCGCGUCCUGUUUCUUAUUUCUCAAAGCUAACCGAGUGUUCUUUCGAAUCAAACAACAUGCACAGAUUUUUAGAAACUGCUCAUCUUAAUUUCCCAAGAGAUUCAGGAAGUCGACAGCUUCCUUUAGAAUUAAACAACGGUCACACUGAUGCAGAAAAACCUUUUUCUAUCAUCCCUGAUUUACCAGACAAUUAUCGUUUUCCAUUUGAAGAAACUUAUGAAAAUAUAUCUUCUGGGAAUUUAACUAGACUCGUUGUAGAAUCCAUUUGUGAUGUAGAUAUCCUUGAAGAUUGUCGCGUACUCUUGGAACGCUGUGACAGUGAACACUUUUGUUUACCCCCCGAUGUGAGAUGGACUAACAAAGUAAUAGACAUAAAGCUUUUGAAGAAGAGGAGAGAGACUAGCCAAAAGCAGAACACCAAUGGAGCUCCGCGUUUUAGGUCUCACACAUUAAAACCAAUUAGGAAUAAACUUAGCAGUUCAGAUGUAGAUCAAAAAUCUUUAAAGAAGAAGAAAUUCGAAUCGAUUAAAAUAAUAAGUGAUAGUGAAACAUUUUAUUCUACUGAUCCUCUUAGCAGUGAGAGUGGGGAAAAGUAUUCAUCUGAUGAAAAUGAAGAAAACUGCAGCGAACUUCUGUAUCCUAGUCACAUCAAAUCACAACAAAAAAUAAAAAAAACGGCUGAACUUCACGAAAAUACUUAUGAACCAAGUCCUUCAACAUUCGAAGAUGAUAAGGUGUCAAAAUCGAGCAUAAAUUUUUCCUCUCAUCAACUUAGGGAAACUAACGGUGUUGUGAAGAUAUCUGAAAUGGCAAGCGAUAAACCUAAUAUCGGCUUCCACAUAACUGAAGAGAGCGAUUCUAAUAAAAAUCAAUACUUUCCCUGUAUAAAGCAACAUCUGAAUGUGAAAUCAAUGAAUAAAGAUCAAAUUCCGAGACAAAAAACGAGUAAUUUACAGAUACAGACAACCGCUCUAAAACGAUUAAAGACUUGUAUUGAAACGGAAGAAAAUGUAGAAGGAAAGAAAAAAAUCCGAAAGGCGUUGUUGACUGAACCUAAACCCAUGGAGAAAAGACCAAAAUAUGCGAGGGGGCGCGAAGAAUGGUUCGAAGAGAGAAUAAGUGAAUCGCCAUUGGUGUCUUCGACUCCUGUUGAAGAAACGCCAAAACCACCAAAAAAACAUGUAAAUCCUCCUUCCUCGCUGAUAAAAAGUAAAAACUCGAAUUGCGCGUCAAGAAUGAUUGCCGAAAGAUCACUUAUAGGAUUCAGGAUUCCAAAACGUAGUAAGGAUGAUUCCAAAGAAGCCCAGUCUUCCGUCAAACAGAAAAAAACGACUAAAGUUCCCCGCAGGUCCGAAAAGUGCAGUUCGAGAAUGGGAUUUUUAACAGAUGUUUUGAAGGUGAAGCCCGUAUCGAGGAGCAAUGUUGUGAACAAACAUCCCGUAGAAGAAGUGGAGAAAUCGAACUCGAGGGAGAAGAAGCAAACACAUGAGCAUAGAGCUAAGCGUGGUCUUGAAAUUUUGUCAACCAUUUGCAGUGGUGGUAAAGCGGCUGAAAAGUGUGGUCCUUCUGAAACCUUAAGACAUUCGACUGUGAAGAAAGUUCGUUUUAGCGAUACUGAAAAGACUUAUUUCGAGAGAAGCACGCCUCGAGUGAGGCCUUCCAUCAGUUUGAAGAGGAGAAAUGUUGCAGUCAUUGAACCCUUUGUAGCCCGGAAGGAAAUGGACGAAUGCCAAAUACAUCUCAGUCAAUGUUUCCCCAUUGUUAAAAUGUUGAUAAAAUGGAACCCGAAAUGGUUGAAGGAACAAAAAGAAAGAACUAAGCCCCCUCCUCUUGUGCCUGACAUAUCCAAUGCUUCUCUUUGUUUCGAAAAUUAUGAUACCUACUUCUCUCAGAUGCAGUCGCUGAUUAUUUUAAAUGCCUGGGAUUCGUUGUAUGAAAAUUCCAAGCAUCUGUUCCCAGACAUGAGCUGGAAGAGCUUUCAUUGCAUCAUUAAAUCUCAAGUUGAAAAACAUGGUAUGGUGGAGAUAAAGUGCGAAGCUGCUGUCGGGGGAAAUGUGUCCUAUUUUCCAUCCAACGGCGAUGUUAUUCUAUUAAACACUGAGAAUGAAGAACGUACAAUUGAACAUUUUUUGUUCGGAUUCAUUACUUUCCAUAAACCUGUCACUUUAAAAGAAGUUUCGAGUGCAUCUGAAUGGCAUGCGAUUCCUCAGACUUGGCUAGACAGCGCUAAAUUUCAUAUUUUUACCGCUUAUAUUAAAAAACGGAAGACACUUUGUUCGCCUUCCUUGCUACUUGCCAACGGCGUUUGUAACAUACAGCUGAAAUUGCACGCGAUGGAAUAUCUUUUUAAGUUCCAGUUCGCACCACUAGUUAAAUCUUUCUUGCAACCAAAGAAACUCUACUUGAAAUCAGAUUUUACACCACUAAGGAGAACCAAAGAAAGUUUCAUUCAAACUAUGUGUACCGAAAUAACAGAAAACAAUGAGCCAAAAAUUUUCCUCGUGCAAGGAACAGUAGCAACAGGCAAAACAUGUGUCGUAUUGGAGUUAAUUGAGAAGCUGUUGUAUAACAGUUUGUCGAAAGUGUUUGUUUGCACUCCAUCUCAUUCUGCUGCAGAUGAAAUCGGUUUGAAACUUGUUGAUUUGGUUGAGCGAAGCACUUGGCGAGGGAAACCUGUGAAAUUAGUGAGACUGGGUACCGCGAGUAAAAUUAAUCCAAAAAUGCAACAUUAUCACCUUGACGUACUAGCUGAAAAAAGUUCUCGCAGUCGUAAGCGCAAAGAACUUGCUCUCGAUGAGCGAAUUAAGAACUUAGAGCAUUGUAUAGAAAUAGAGUUGGUAAGAAACUGUGGAGGGAAACUCAAGGAUUUAACAGAUCAAUUAACAGAAACAAAGACACAGUUAAGGCAAAUGACAGAAUUCGCAAAAAAUUGGAAGCUUAAAGUCCUGGAGGAGUCUGAUGUGAUCAUUUCGACGGUCAUUGAUUUUCGAGAGUACAAUACCAAUAUCCCAUCCAAUCCAUUUUUUCAGACCACUGCAUGCUGCAUUGUAGAUGAUGCUUGCCAGUGUAGCGAGCCUGAACUUCUGCACUGCCUUACUUGCGGUGUCGGCAAUUUGGUAUUAGUCGGCGACUCCAAGCAGUAUGUGACGGGAGUGAGUCGCACGUCGCUGACUUCUCGCAGCCAUCAGUCCCUGUUCGACAGACUCUAUGCCGUCUACACGGAACUUCCUCAUUCUCCUAUGCUUAUCCUGAAAGAACAGCAUCGAAUGCAUUCGGAAAUAUGCCGUUUUCCUUCUUAUUAUUUCUACAAAAACAAACUUAAAUCUCACUCAGAAGUGGAUGAAAAGCUCCGUUUAUUUCCUCUGAAACCGUACGUGGUGAUGGACAUUACACCGAACGGCGACGUGAAAAAAAAGGUGCUCUUUGAGAUGGCUCGUUUCCUCACUGAAACUGCUCCGGGUGCAACCAUCGGAGUGAUAACGCGAGAAACUGAUGUGGCCAUUCACAGGGAAGCUUUAUCUCGUUAUGACGAUGUCGAAGUAGACUCGGUGCAGGGCUUUCAAGGUCGAGAAAAGGAUGUAAUAAUCGUGUCGGUGACAAACAAUUCUCAUCUGGACGAUUUCGUGACGAACGAAGACAGCCUCUGCACGUCUCUGACUCGAUCGCGCAAGACUUUGAUAAUUUACGGACAUAUCUCGAGUCUUAAAAAUGUCAAACACUGGAAUUCUUUGCUGAAAAAUGCGAAAAUUCGUGGUGUUUACGUUUCUGUAGCAUCCUUAGGGGAGAAAGAUGUAACGAAGACUUUAAUCGAGUUUAUAAUCAAACCAUUUUAAAAAUAUGUGACACAUAUUGAUUUCUUAAACAUAUAAAGGUUAUGAGAUCUUUACCUUCCUUUAAAAGGAUCUUUACCUUGUAAGUACAAAUUGAAAAAAAUUAUAACAAGAAAAGGUUGGACAAUUCUUAAUGCACAUUCAUGUGACAAAGCUUAAAUCUAUCCUUCCAGAGUUCUGGUUUUAGUUUAAAAAUUUUUCAGCAGAUGGCGCUAUGGUGUAUAAAUAAAAAAAAAAUCACCUUUUUUUAAUCAAAAUUUUUGAAAACCAUCUGUUCUGUCUAAUUUAGAGCAUUAUAUACAGAAAACUUACAUUUUAUUUUUCUUGAGGGCAAGUUAGGUUCUCAUUAGGAAUGUCGGAUUGAGCGUGACAUGCCAAAACCAUGUGCCACUUUCAAAUAAUCGUUUUAGCUAAUAAUUUUCUAUUGAAUUGAAAAUAUAUAUAUUUACAGGGGAAAUGUUAUACAGGCGAUUUGAAACUAUACAUGAAUGUAUAUUUUCAUUUCUCUGAUUUUAAAUAAAAAUAUUAAUUAUAUACCAGGAUUAUCUAAAGAAGUGCUGAGUACUGUUUUAACUACUGAUAUAUGCAAGAAUGACAUAUUUAUUUUAGAUUCAAAAUCCCUUGGUGAUGAUUAAUAUAGAAGAAGUUAAUUAUUUUUAAAUCUUUUUUAUUAAAUGUCGCUUUAUUCCUCCUUUCAGUUCAAAGACUUUUUAUUUAAUAAAUUGAAAUAUUUACUGAAGAAUCCAUUUUAUAAUUUUUUUUAUUUACUUAUAAUAGUAGAAUUUUUUAAGUUAAAACUAAUGUAUCUGCAACUUCAAAAUUGUUCGAAUUUCGAGUUGCAAAAUAAAAAGUUACCAAACUUCUCGCAAAUGCUUUGGUUUGAUUUUUCAUUACUAUUUUAAUUCUGUUACUAAUACGUUAUUUUUAAUUUUGUUAUUUUUUAAAUGACGAAUUUACUUAAUUAAUUAAAAUUAGUAAGUAAAUAACACUGAAGUUUUUUUGAUAGCAAAAUUAAGUAACUUUUUGAGUUUUUUUUAUUCUACCCAAACAUGCGACACAAAACUAGGCCAAAUUGAAAAAGUUAUAGAACAGCUUAUCCACAUUUUAAAUUAGAAAAUAUAAGUUAUUUUUCUUAGUUCAGCAUGAUUUUUUUGCUAAAUAUAUUAUUUUCAAAAGAAAAAACUUUUUUUUUUAAAUUUUCGAAUUCAUUUUUGUAACAACUUAAAUAUAACUCUAUAAUCUUGUCAAGUAUAACAUAUGAUAAAUACUUAGGAUUGUGAAGA